AUGUUGAAGGGUGGACCGACCGUCGCCUCGUCAUCUCGAAGAUGCAUAUUCGCCUACAGCCUCGCAGGAGACCACAAGGUAAGCGACCCCCAGGUAAGCUGAAUAUUGCCUUUCUGUCUUCGCCUGCUCAGCAUAGAUAUUUCAGCAAUGAGCUAGCUCAACGGCUAGAAAAUUUACAGUCGCUGUCGCCGCCGCUGCCGAGAACGCCUCCGUGGAGAACCGAUGGUAUCAACUGCGGGACACCGUCCAGUCAACGGCGCUAGUCGUCCUCGGUCGCGCACGCCGCAUACACCAAGACUAGUUCGAAGACAACGCCGCCAUCAUCAGUAGAAAAGAAGCGCCUGCACAAAGCCUACGUCGACUGCCCCACCGACGACAACAGUGCUGCUUUCUACCGUUGUAGUCGUCUCGUUCAACAGCGACCGCACGAGAUGCAGAACGCCUGGACGGCACGCGAGGCAGAGGAGAUUUAACGGUACGCGAACCGCCACGAAUUAAAGAACUUCUUCUCCGCUAUCAAAGUUUUCUGCGGUUCGCCAACCAAAGUCACUGCUCCUCGUCUCAGCGCCGACGGCAGCACCCUCCUCACUGAGGAGGCAGAAAUUCUACAGCGAUGGGCCGGACACUUCAGAGGCGUCCUCAACCGUCCCUCCACCAUCUCCGACGCCGCCAUCGCUCGUCGACUUCGACCUCCCGUCCUGUCUCCAAAAAACAAUUAGGGACGUGCAGCAGCUCCCGAACGGGAAAGCACCCGGAUCAGACGCGAUCCCUGCUGAUGUCUACGAGCACGGCGGUCCCCAACUAAUGGAUCAUCUGACGGCCCUUUUCCAGGAGAUGAGACAUCAAGGAGAAGUGCAUCAGGAUUUUAAAGACGCCAAAAUCGUCCAGCUAUACAAAUGGAAGGGAGACCGUCAACUCUGCGACAAUCAUCGAGGCAUCUCCUUGCUGGAUAUCGCCAGAAAAGUCUUUGCUCGCAUCCUCCUCCAACGCCUGAAUAAUCACCUAGAACAGGGUCUUCUGGCGGAAAGCCAGUGCGCCUUCCGCCAUCAUCGUGGAACCACGGACAUUAUCUUCGCCGCUUGUCAACUUCAGGAAAAGUGCCAGGGGAUGCGGACUCACCUGAACUCUACCUUCGUGGAUCUGACGAAAACCUUCGACACGGUGAAUAGUGAAGGACUGUUGGAGAUCAUGCAGAAAUUCGGCUGUCCCGAGCGAUUCUUUCAGAUGGUGAAGAUGGUUCGCAAAACCAAAUAG